UUCGUCUGUCCCGCUCGCAAGCAAAGUCUAGAGAGCCUGUCUGGCAUGGAGAAGUUCCACACUUCCACCAUUCUGUGCGCAAGGCUGCCGACAAUUUCUUUAUAAAAUCCCCCGCUUCUCUUAGCGUGUUGGAAAAAUCCCCAAACAUGUUGUCUUUCCACCAGGAGAUGAAGGCGACCCGUCUACUAAUCGCUCCUGUUAUAGGAAAAGAUGCCACAGGAGUUGGUGGGAAAGGACGUAUAUUGUCUUUGCAACAUCCAAAAUCAGGUUCAAGGACAAGUUAUAUGUUAAUUGAUGGAUCUCUUCAAGAAUUUCAAUGGUUCAAGCAAUCUUAUGGCUCUUGGUUCAUAGGAGAUUAUGUUUGUAAAGAUGGAAGUUUGUAUAUUGCCACUCCAAUUGACACCGUAUUCAUUCUCUUGCCAGUUUUUGAGGUUGCUCGAAUGAAGAAAGGUAAUGAUGCCGGGAUGUUUAGGCAGUUGGAAGAAAUUUUAUUUGUUGAUGGCUACCCUGGUUAUCAACACCUGAUGCCUACAGCAGAGAACUGCAUGCAUCUUGUUUGUGAAAUAAAAGAAAUUGGAUCAACCAAAUUCUAUAGACUGGAGAAUUCAAAGGUUCUAGCAUGGUUGUGCCAUAAGGUUCAUCAUUUAGAAGCUGUGCUAGCAAAAUUGGACAAAAAUUAUGCUGUUCGAGAAGGAGAUCAGUUAAGGGAUGCUGUCUUUCUAUUGGGGGAAUAUCUGGAGGAGCCUUUGUUCCAGUUGUUGUGCGGUCAUCUAAAGUUAAAUUUCGACGAAGUAUCUUCAAAAGAACCCAAAACUGAAUUUCAUCUCAUUUCUUCAGGGAGUAACAACCCAAAUACUUUCCAUCCUACACAGAUGAAAGACCAGAAUGGAAAGAAUACAUCUAGUAGUGGGAAAAAAUCAAAGAAGCUCAAAAGUGAAACUGAUUCACAAAACAUCAAGGACAUGUUUCAUAGGGCCUCUAGAAGGGAAUCGAAGUGAGCCUGUGAGUUGGUGAUGGAGCCAUUCCGGUACAAUGAAUUGCUUAUCCUUAAUGUCGCCUGACGUACUAGGCAUUCUGCACGGCUCAGGCAUUGUUUUUAACAUCUCAAUCGAGUAAUGCAGUUUUCCACUAAGAAAGGACAAUUUUAGAGGAAUUCAAUAUUUUAUGUGUUAGCUUCAGAUGAUUGUGGGAAUGCCAGCCAAUUGAAUUUGUAAGCUCUUGGUAUUAUGUUAAAUAUGUGCAUCAGCAGUUGUAGAAUUACUGAUUUCAGAUGGAUUAUGUGUUACUGCAUAACAAACUUACAUUUAAUGUUUUUGGUGCAACAUCAUAUUUUCUUU